AUGCCCAGAGGUUGCAGUUCUUGAUGAUCUCACGUUGGCAGCAGUGCUGUGCUGAGCGAGAGGGUGACCCAUGAGCUUAUUACUGAAUGAGAUACAACGAACGGCUGAAAAGAAGGGGGAGAGAAGCAAGCAAGGUGCGAGAGAGAAGCAGCCAGAGUAAAAAGGGAGAGAGAGAGAGAUUGAGAGAAAGAGAAACAGGCUGUCACGGAGUAUCUUCCAGGUGUACUGCAAAAUCGAAAACCCUUUGGAUAUGGAUACAAGGACUGUUUUCCUGCCUAUAGAUCAACUGCUGUGGACCGACUGAAUCCAUAGGGAGGGGCUGAAUGGAGGGACUUCGCAGCUCUCUUGAAUAAAAUGCUAAGUUAUGCGUAACUGAUUUGGCAAGACAGCCUGAGAAAUGCUGCUGCAUGAAACACUGGCAUGUAAAUCCCAGCCACUGAGGCAUAUAGGACAAGCUGCUCUGGUAUAAGGGUGGAGGAAAAAAGGAACGAAGGCAAUGCAGGGAAUGUCGUAAUAAAGGUCUGCAUUGGGUUGUCUGAUUCACCAAGAGGGGGUGAAGCCGAAAGAAGUCAGCCUCACGUGAAGGGUGAAGUUGACAUGAGCUUGUGCUGAAUUCUGAGAGAUGCUAGACAUUAAACCUGAUAACUGUGCAAAGAAAGACCAUGGAGAAGUCAAGUAGCGAAGAUUCCUCAAUUCACCGGAGUCCAUCUUUGGAUAGCAAGGACUCAGACUUUGCUAAACCUUCUACCUCAGGCAGGCAGUUUGGUCGAGGCUUCACUGCCGGAGCUUUCUAUGGUACUGCUGGGUCACGCACACAGAGUCACAAUACAGCUGCAACUGGAACUGGUGUGAAAAGUGACAAAUACAGUGCACCCAAAGGCAGCAAAUAUGUGGUUUUUUACCUGGAUCUAUCAUUUGUUUUCCUCUUAGAAUUUAAGAAGUGCAGCAUGGCAAGAGGCUGUUUGUGUUGUUUGAAAUACAUGAUGUUCCUUUUCAAUCUAAUAUUCUGGUUAUGUGGCUGCGGACUCUUGGGUGUGGGAAUAUGGCUAUCAGUGUCUCAAGGAAACUUUGCCACGUUUUCUCCCAGCUUCCCAUCACUAUCAGCUGCCAACCUGGUCAUUGCCAUCGGUACUAUCAUCAUGGUGACUGGCUUUCUGGGCUGCUUGGGUGCUAUCAAGGAAAAUAAGUGCCUCCUCCUAAGUUUUUUCAUUGUUUUGCUGAUCAUUCUUCUGGCUGAACUGAUAUUGCUCAUUUUGUUCUUUGUUUAUAUGGAUAAGGUUAAUGAAAAUGCAAUUAAGGAUCUGCAAGAAGGUCUCAAGCUUUACAACACAGAGAAUAAUGUUGGGCUGAAGAAUGCAUGGAAUAUCAUUCAAGCAGAGAUGCACUGCUGUGGGGUUCUUGACUACAAAGACUGGUAUCCAGUACUGGGUGAAAAUACUGUUCCUGACCGAUGCUGCAUGGAAAAUUCACAAGACUGUGGUCGGAAUUCCACCAAUACAAAUUUAGUGUGGAAAACGGGUUGCUAUGAGAAAGUCAAGACAUGGUUUGACGAUAAUAAGCAUAUUCUUGGGACAGUUGGGAUGUGUGUCCUCAUAAUGCAGAUACUUGGCAUGGCUUUUUCCAUGACUCUCUUUCAGCAGAUUCACAGGACUGGUAAAAAAUAUGAUGCCUAAAGACGUGCAUUUUUCGCCACAUCAUCACUUCUCUCUUGCCAUUAGUAGGGAGAAAAGCGACCCGGGAAAAGAGAAAUCAAGCAUUGCCUGAUCUGGGGCCUCCCUCCCAGUGACCAAUCUACAGCAUCUGUUUCAUGACUGAUUGAAAACUGAGCACAACAUGUUACUGGACUUACAUUUUGUUUCUUCUCAUUCACCAUUUUUGCCAAAGAAGAGAGGAAACCUAAUGAAAGCAAAUCAGUUUCCUAAACUAAUCUGUGGAUUUGUUGUUCAAAAUUGUUGCUCUCUAACUUGGUUUAAGGAAUGACCUUUGGUUAGCAGUUCUGUACACAUAUCUCUAGAAGUAGGUCCCAUUGAAACUCAAUGAGACUUACUUCUGAGCUGGCAGGCACAGGAUUGCCGUUACUGUACUAAGCUGCGUUAGACUUCUGAGGGUAACCUGAAUUAUAUACUUUAUAACUUCUAGAAUGGAUCUUUUGAAGUUUUUCUCGUAGGUCAACAAACAGCUUGCACCCAACAUCAUAACAUGGAGACUUGAAAAAGCCACUCAGAUGGAGAGCCCUGUUGGAGCUGCUUGGAUUGAGGUUUUUUGGGGGCGGGGAUACCUUUUUGUAUUUUACUGUGUAUUUAGUAGCCUGAUUUAUAUAUUUUUACUGGAGGUUUUCUCCCUCCUUUUAUCAUACUUUUCUUGGAGUUCUACUGUGCAGUCUUUGAAGGAUGCCAGUUUUAGUGUUUAUGUUUGAAAAACAGAAGGAAGGAUUUAGCUGUUACAAUUAUAAUUAGGUUAAAUGAAUCAUAGCCAUUGGGUUGCUUUCAGCUGAGAACUGAUGACAUGAAGACAGACUCUGGGACAUGGGCACAGAUUCCUUUUUUAGAGACCCAUCUAAGAGCAUAAACUAUUGAAGAUUACUUUUAAAGCACAUACACCUUGUAAAUGACAGAAAUAUAUCUUUGGAAAUGUAUAUAUAUGUGAACAAGGCAAAAUUCAGUGCCACUCCCCAGUAAAUCAACAUUUGGUGGCCAAUCUGGCUAUGGAAGUGUCCUGAGUCUUGCCCAAAGACAUUAAAAUUAUCCUGUGCUCCUCC